AUGGAGUGGGUCGUGGCCGUAGCCAUACUUCUGGGAUCCGCAGUGUCAGCUCAGGAGCGCAUCAUCGGGGGAGCCGAGUGCCGGCCUCACUCGCAGCCUUGGCAAGUCUUCCUCUAUGACUCCUUUCAGAAGUACUGCGGAGGGGUCUUGAUCGAUAGGUAUUGGGUAUUAACAGCCGGACACUGUCAUGAAUGGCUACUCUCUGGACCAGUGGGGAAGAAGUGGAAAGGAUACAGAAGCGCGAUCACCGUUUUCCUCGGCGCUCACACUCUGUGGAAGAAAGGAGGGGCCCAGAUCACCCAAGCCGUCCAGGUCAUCCGCCACGGUGCGUUUGAACCUGUGGUCCUGAACAACGACAUCAUGCUUCUACGCCUGGACCCCCCUGCCAUCCUGGGGCCUAGAGUCAGGCCCAUUCCGCUGGCGAAACAGUGCGCCCCUGUCGGGACGAAGUGCGUGGUGUCAGGUUGGGGCACCACAACUGUGCCCGAAGUAACAUACUCCAAAAACCUGCAGUGCAUAGAAGUAAAGGUCCUGCCCAAAAGAGCGUGCCGGAAUGAAUAUGGGUCCAGCUUCAUCAACAGUCAGAUUUGUGGAGGAGCCAUCGAAGGAGGCAGAGACGCCUGCCAGGGCGAUUCUGGAGGCCCCAUGGUCUGUAACAGGGUCCUUCAUGGCUUGGUUUCGUGGGGACACUCGCACUGUGCAGCUAAGAAUAAACCCGGAGUCUACACUGAAAUCUGCAAAUUCAGGGGAUGGAUCAUAAGGCGCAUGACUGACUAA